AUGGCAAAUAUGAUUAUAAAAUCAAAUGAUGAAAAAUUGAAAAAUCAAUUAGCAGAUUUAUUAAAUAAAUGGACUAAAUUUGAAGGUUUUGAUAAACAAUUUUUAGAGCUUUGUACCUGUGAAAAACUUGAAAAGGGUAAAGUUGUAAUGUCAAUGACUGUAGAUGAAAAAUAUUGUAAUGUUUUAUCGAAUUUACAUGGUGGAGCAAUAGCAACAUUAACAGAUGUAAUCUCAAGUAUAGCAAUAUUAACAACAAACUUAGACGCUAUUGUGCCAAGUGUUUCUGUGGAGAUUUCAAUGGUUUAUUCUAAUCCUGCACCAGUCGACAGAAAAAUUUUCAUUGUAUCAUCAGUUUAUAAGUCAGGUAGAAAUUUAGCUUUCACUGAAACAACCAUUUAUUUAGAUUCUGAAGAUAGUGGUAUAGUUAUUGCAAAAGGUUCUCAUACAAAAUUUAUUGUAAAUAAAAAAGCAAAAUUAUAA